CCGGAAGCUGUGUUGUUUACAUUUUCUAAGAUGGCGGCGGGGAUGUAUUUGGAGCAUUAUUUGGACAGCAUCGAAAACUUGCCCUUCGAGUUGCAGAGAAACUUCAAUUUGAUGAGGGAUCUAGAUCAGCGGACAGAAGAUCUUAAGGGACAGAUAGACUCUCUGGCUAAAGAAUACACAGCCAAUGCGCGGACUCUGUCCUCUGAACAAAAGCUGUCCAUACUGAGGCAGAUUCAGCAGUCGUACAGUAAAUGCAAGGAGUUUGGAGAUGAUAAGGUGCAACUGGCCAUGCAGACCUAUGAGAUGGUCGACAAACACAUCAGACGUCUUGACACAGACUUAGCUCGGUUUGAGGCUGACCUGAAGGAAAAGCAGAUCGAGAGCACCGACUAUGAUUCCACCUCCAGCAAGGGGAAGAAGGUUGAAACCAGACAGAAGGAAAAGAAGACCGCUAAAACAAGGUCUAAAGUGAAGAGCUCAGAUGAAGAUGGGAGUCCUAAAAGUGCACAGAAGAAAGUCAAACUCCUUCAACCAGGAGAAUUCAACAGCCCUGCCACCAACUUUGGGAAUGUGCACCCAUCUGAUGUGCUGGACAUGCCGGUGGACCCCAACGAACCCACCUACUGUCUGUGUCAUCAGGUCUCCUACGGCGAGAUGAUCGGCUGUGACAACACUGAUUGCUCCAUUGAGUGGUUCCAUUUUGCAUGCGUGGGCCUGACAACCAAACCAAGAGGCAAAUGGUAUUGUCCACGAUGCUCUCAAGACAGAAAGAGAAAAUAAAAACACCUGGGAAAAAACAUGGACACAGAUCAGAUGGAAAAUGAGAAGAAUAUUUCUUCAUUAGUUUCUAGAUUUUUUUUGUUUCUCAUCUUCCUUAACAUUUGGUGCUUUUCUUUUGGUUUAUAUAAUUUGCCUUGGUCUGAUGCAGUGUGUUUGAAAGAGCCAAGUGGUUACAAAUGUAUUUAAAAAAAACAUUUUUUUAAACAGUUAACAUGUUUUUCGUUUACGUUACUUUUGGUGCUCUUAUUGUGAUUUCUUUUUUUACAUUAUGUUUCACGAGUGAAUAAUAAACACUACAAAUGCCCCUAGUGGUUAAACAGUUCCAAGUUGUCACGAUACUUAAUACUAUAUUCACAUGUGCUACAACAUUUUUUCUCUGAAAACAGUUAGGCCAUGAAUACUUUUUUUUGCUUUGUUGUAUAGUUAGUUUCUUGUGGUUAGCCUUGGAACACUAGUUUUAUGUUUUAAUAUAACGAGAGGGCAAAAGAACAUGAGGACAAAUGCUGCAUCCCGACAGUAUUAGUCAUCUGUGGGAAGUGAAUUAAACCAAUUUUAAUUUUAACAUUUGAUUGAGUGCUGUAUAGAAAGUAAAACAUUUCUUGAAAAGUAUUGUCAUCUCUGUAGCUGAAACAUUGGUACAGUGGAGAGGGGGGUGAUUGUGUUGUCAAUCAUUUGAAUACAGCUACUACCUC